AUGAAAUCGUUCCUUUCUGUCUUCCUCUGGGCGACCAUUGGCCACGCUGCGCUACGAAAAGAAGAACUUACAUUCACCUGGGAAGCCGGAUCACCCAAUGGCCAAACCCGCAACAUGAUCCUCACCAACGGGCAGUUCCCAGGGCCCAACCUCGUUUUCGACGAAGGCGAUCAGGUCGAAGUCACGGUCCACAACCGCAUGCACCAGAACACAACCGUUCAUUGGCAUGGCAUUCUGAUGCAAGAUACGCCGUGGUCGGAUGGUGUGCCCGGUCUGUCCCAGAAACCGAUCGAGCCAGGCGAAAGCUAUGUCUAUCGAUUCACAGCCUUCCCACCUGGCCAGUACUGGUACCACUCGCAUUCGCGAGCGACACUUCUCGAUGGACUUUACGGUUCAAUAUUCAUUCGAAGGAAACCAGGAACGCUCAAUCCUUUCCACAUGAUCAGCGAGGAUCCAGAUGAUGUUGCAGCCAUGGAGCGAGCAGCCAACGAUCCUGUCGUGAUCGUGGCGUCGGACUGGAGCUAUUACAACUCGUCGCAGUACAAGGAGACAUUUGCAAAGAGCCAGCUGCAGAUCUUUUGCGUGGAUAGCAUUUUGAUCAAUGGCAAAGGCAGUGUCUUCUGUCCCGAGCACCAGUGGUUGAUCGAUAUGCAGCUUCCGUUUCAUGAGAAGAGUUGGCCGAAUAACAGCAUCACGGACAAAGGAUGCUUCCCCUUCGUUCCUUCAACAGAAGGACCUUGGCUGAUCGAUGGCGACCCGUCCGUGAUCCCCUUUGGAAUGCAAGAAGGCUGCGUCAAGUCCUGGGGCUCGGAAGAAAUCGUCGAAGUCGACCCCCAAAACAAAUGGGUGGGCAUCAACUGGAUCGGAGCGUCGACUUUCAAGACCCUCCAGCCAUCGAUCGACGAACAUGAAAUGUGGAUCUAUGAAGUCGAUGGCCAUUACAUCGAGCCUGUGAAAGCAACUACAAUGCUUCUAUGGGCAGGAGAACGAUAUUCCGCGAUGAUCAAGUUGGAUAGACGACCGAUGGAUUACUCGAUUCGAGUGAUUGAUGGCGGGUACUCGCAGAUGAUUGGUUCGUUCGGACGGCUGCGAUACAAAGGUGGCGAGAGAGAUUUGGUAGAGCCAGAUCCCUGGUUCAACGUCACUACGACCAGCAUGCCUUGGUUCGGAUACAAUGCCUGGCCAGUUCUCCAAACCACCAUGCUCGACAAGGACAAUCUUGUGCCGUGGCCUGCCAAAGUUCCAGCUCGCCAUUCAGAUGAGAUGCAUCUUCUCCAGCUUGGCAAGGCCAACUCAACGUGGGAGUUCACCUUGGGCGGAAAGAAGAAAUACCCGUCUGAUCGAUCAGCGUACAAGCCACUGCUGUACAACCUCGGCUCUUCUGAGGCGAACGACGAAGACUUGGUUAUUCGUACCAAGAACGAGUCGUGGGUCGACAUCGUACUGCAAGUCGGUCAAGACCCCAUGUGGCCCGUCGACUUCCCGCACCCAAUUCACAAGCACGCCAACAAGUACUGGCGGAUCGGAUCUGGAGAUGGCAUCUGGAACUACGAGUCGGUCGAUGAAGCUAUCGCUACAGAGCCGGCGAACUUCAACCUGGAGAAUCCACCCUACCGUGAUACAUUCUUGACCGACUUUCAAGGUGCCAUGUGGGUGGUCUUGCGAUAUCAGGUCACUACCCCCGGAGCGUGGUUGCUGCAUUGCCAUAUCGAGCUUCACUUGGACAAUGGCAUGGCCAUGGCGAUCUUGGACGGUGUUGACGCUUGGCCAGAGGGUAGCACGGCCAGCUGGGAUGAAGAGCCAUGA